UGCUACUUCCUAUCCUGUGCCUGUCUGGCUAAAGAUUUUUGCACAUGAAAUCUAAAAAUAAAUAGUUUAUCAACCAAGUUGAAAUACAACAAAUUUCUAAAAUAGUGCACAAUGUUUAUGAAUUAUUUUGCAAAUAGUAAAUCGUUACUCUUUCAACAAUGCUGCAAAAGAUAUUUGAACAAUAAUGUUGCAAGUGUAACUAAAAUACACCGAGAAAUAUAUACUAGAAUGUACCCUACCAAAGUUGUACUACCCAAUGGAGCAUCUAUUAAUAUCAGAUAUAAUGAACCUCGAAAAAUCAUUAAAUUACCCUUAGAUUUAUCAUUAUUAUCAGAUGAGGAAAAGAAGAUCAGAUUAGACCGAAGGAAACCAAAGAAAAAAGUGAAAAUAGCUGAAACUAUUGAAGAUAAUUUUAAUGCUAAAAAGUAUUUAAAAUACUUAAAAAAGAAGUAAAUUACAGAUGUAAAAGUAACUAGUAUGCAUUUAGUGUUUAGAUUUUAAAAUAAAGAGGUAUUACUGUU